AUGUCUAAGCCCACCCUUACUUUUGUCACAGGCAACGCCAAUAAGCUGCGUGAGGUUCAGCAGAUCUUCGCAGCAUCUCCCAACUUCUCUUACGAGCUCACAAACAAGGACCUCGACCUACCCGAGAUUCAAGGAUCAACGCGAAAAGUAGCUCAAGCCAAAUGCGCAGCUGCAGCGCAAGCCCUCAAUGGACCCUGCAUCACCGAAGACACUGCACUCGGCUUCCAUGCGCUCGGUGGACUGCCAGGACCCUACAUCAAGGACUUCAUGAAAACAAUAGGUCACGACGGGCUGAACAAGAUGCUUGACGGCUUCGAAGAUCGCACCGCGUCCGCGAUUUGCACCUUCGCCUACUGUGCUGGACCAGGCGAGGAAGUCAAGCUUUUUGAAGGCAAGACCGAGGGUGUCAUCGUUCCUCCACGUGGACCAACAUACUUUGGAUGGGACCCGAUUCUUGAGAUAAAGGGCACCGGUUUGACAUACGCAGAGAUGGACCCCAAGCAGAAGAACUCGCUUUCACACAGAUACAAGGCGCUAGCAUUGCUGCAAGAGAAUCUCGUCAGCCUGACAGACAAAGCAUGA